AUCUAUUUCUCAAAAUUCUUCUUUAUCUUUUUCUCACACACAAAAUAGGACAUGUACUGAAGCAACAACUGACCCCCACCCCACUCCCACUCCACUCCACCCCACCCCACCCCACCCCUUCCUUCUCUACAUUUGUAUAUAUAUAUUUUGAGUUUGAGAAAGAGGCACUCACAAGUUGUUCUCUCUUGGCUUUUAUUGUCUCAUUUCCUCUUAAUUCUCUUUGCUAUUCAAGAGUUUCUUAGAUCAGUUUGCCUCUUGUCUUUAAUUUCCAAGAACCAACAAACAUUAAACCAUCUUGGAGGAUUAGUCUCUAACUAAGAUUUAUAUUUUUUUUUCUAGCUGUACUCAGUAAUGGAUCCCUCUAGUGCACAACAUCAUCAUCAGGAAUUGUCUUCUCAAACCCUAGAAAGCAUGUUGGUGAGCACAAAGCCACAACAAGAUCAAAAGAAGCCAAAGCCACCAGAGCAAGCAAUAAAAUGUCCAAGAUGUGACUCCUCCAACACAAAAUUUUGCUACUACAACAACUACAGUCUCUCUCAACCUAGAUACUUUUGCAAAUCAUGUAGAAGGUAUUGGACUAAAGGAGGAACAUUAAGAAAUGUUCCAGUAGGAGGAGGCUGUAGGAAGAACAAAAGGUCUUCAUCAUCAUCAAGAAGUAGUAGCCAAGAACAACAUUCCAUCAACAUUCCCAAUUGCCCUACUAAUCCAUUUUCUUAUGAUUCUAGUGAUUUGAGUCUAGCUUUUGCUAGGCUUCAAAGACAAGAAAGUGGGCCAUUGGGAUUUGAAAACCAUAGUAAUAUUUCAAUGAUCAUGUGCAAUGAAAAUCCAAGUGGAUUUCUUGAUGCACUUAAGGGUAGUACUGGAUUUCUUGAAAAUGAUAAUCCAAAUGGAUUUCAUCACCAGAAUCUGUUCUAUGGAGUUGGAAAUAUUAUUAAUGGGGACAUGGGAUUACAUAAUGUGGAAAAUGGUGGAAUGGGGGUGAUCAAUAAUAAUGUAAGUGAUCAAGAAAUGGGAUUAAUGCAUAAUUAUGAUCAAGAAAUUAGCAGUGGUACUGUAACAACUACAACAGCUACAACAAUGACAACAGUUAAACAAGAGAUGUGCAACAUGGCUAGAGAUCAAGGUGACAACAAAGUUUUGUGGGGAUUUCCAUGGCAAAUUAAUGGAGAAGGAAAUAAUAUGGCUGAUUUUGAUUCAACCAGGAGAAUGUGGAAUGGAGUUGGUGGAUCUUCUUGGCAUGGACUUCUCAAUAGUCCUCUCAUGUAGAUGUUAGUAUUUCGUUUUUCGGCUUAACUCACUGGCUGAUUAAUUUAGAUUCACACUGAGGAGGAUCCAGUGAUUAUUUUGAAUUCACGUUGAGUAGGAUCCAUUAAAAAAAAGAAAUGGUUUUUUAUUAAGAAUUUCUCUAUUUUCAGGUUUGUAGUAUGCUAGGCCAAAAAGAAGAAUUUUGUUCUUAGAUCAAAGUUGAAGGUUAACUUAAUGAUCUUAAGUUGUGUAAAAAGAUUUGGUUCACUUGAAUCAUCUCUCUCUAAAUUUUUUUUCUUCUUCUUGGGAUGUCUUUUUUAGGUCUCUUCCUUGUGGAUUGACAAACUAAUUAAUGAAAGUUGAUUUAUUUUACUUCAA